UCCGUUUCAAUCCUUCUCCGCCUGCUGUUCAUAGACGCUCCUGGGAGGAACUGCGCCAAGCGAAGAAAGCAAAGCCAAGAACAUGGGAAGCAGACUCGGGAGAAGAGUUAUUCACUUCGCUAAUCUUCCAAUCAAGCUUCUUAUGCCAACCUCCUUCACCAACAUCACUGAAAUUGCUCUCAAAACCAUUCCUUCAGCUUCCAAAAUCGAAAUCAAACGCGUCCUUGAGAGCCUCUACGGCUUUGAGGUCGAUAAAGUUCGUACUCUCAACAUGGACGGGAAGAAAAAGAAGCGCGGAGGUCUUUUGAUCGCAAAGCCUGAUUACAAGAAGGCUUAUGUUACUCUCAGGAAUCCCUUAUCAAUCUCUCCGGACGUGUAUCCGAUCCGGAUUAUUGAGGAGGACAAGAGGAAUAUGAAUAAACAGUCUAAGUUCAGCAUUGUUGAGGAAGGCGAGGCCAAGAGGCAUUGGCUACAUGAGAAGGAGCCUGUGGAAUUCAAAUCUUACAAGGGUUUUGCUAAUAGAGGCCGCCGACAAACUGGCAGUGCUGAAACUAUUGAACCAUCGACUAAGUUUCCUUGGAGUAGCAUGAGGUCUGGUAGGUAGUGUGAAGAAACGUAUCCCAGUUACUUCUUAAUUGUGAUCUGUUUUGGAUUUUCUUCUUCUUCUAAACGAUAAUAGUGUAAUAGGUUGAUGAGCUUAAUGAUAAAUGUUUGAUUUUCUAAUUAUGAAAUGAACUUGUUGGCCCUCUUAUGGGUUGUUUUGCAGGAGGAAGUUCUGUUCUGUUGCUUGAAUCAAUAAAUACAUUAGAGUUGCAUUUGUAUUA